AUGUUAUGUAAUGAUUUCGAUCCUGUACAGUCAAGCAAAAGCGACAACUAUUGCGGAUUCCCUUCCACAAGCGAUGAAAUGCUUGUUGAAUUGGAGGGCGUUAAACUCGAUGUAACAAUUACUGAGAAAGAUAUUCGUGAUAACAAACAUAGCAUUAAAAACGUGGAAGAUUGCCUUGAUAAAGUAGUUGGUAAAUUAAACAUUAUUAACCAACAGUUCGAUGUAUUUAGGGCAGAGUUUCAGUUGUUGAAAAACCAACAUACGAUUCAAUAUUCGCCUAAAGCUGUCGAAUUUUCAAAUUUGGACAACCAAAACGCCUCCGGAUUGCAAAAACGUCAUGAGGAAAACAAUAACAUAAUAGGAUCGAAUCUAAAUGAUGACAUUGUAAUGAGUCGUAAUGAUGCAUUACAAUCUCUGGCAAAUUUGCGGUCUGAGUGCCUUUCCAAUGUUUGUUAUGAUACUCAAUUAAAGCGUCUUGAAAGGGAACUGCAUGAUGAACAAGAUAAAACCAAGCAACAUGAAUCUGAGCUAACGGUUGCCGAAACUAAACCUACACGAGUUAGAACAAAAGAGUAA